UUUAGUGUUUCUGUAAUCAUUAAAAUGAUGAAGGUCAUCGUAGCGGGUCUACCUAAAACGGGUACCAAAUCUAUGACCAUGGCUUUGAGAAAGUUGGGCUAUACCGUGUACGAUUACAUGGAAAACUUGUAUUACUUGGAAGGAGAAUGGGAACUAAUUUUUAAAGGUAUGGUGUCAAAAGAACUAUUUCACAAGAUGUAUGACAAACUAGACGCCGUCGUCGAUAUACCAGCAUGUUAUUUCUGGGAAGACAUUCACAAAGCUUUUCCAGAUAGUAAGGUUAUCCUCACGGUGAGAGAUUCUGAAGAACUCUGGCUAAAAAGUUUGCUUUAUCACAUGCAAAGAUUGGAUGGACUUAUUCUCGUCAGAAUCAUGCAAUUUCUGGAAAUUUUAACAAACCGGCAAACAGCAAUUUUAUUUAGCUUAUCAUGGAAAUAUACUUUGGGAAUUGAAAGAACUGUGUGGCGGAGGCGAAGCUUUCUGGACGAAGAUAUGUUGCUGAUGAAAUACAGAAAUCACAACUCUCGAGUUAUACAAAAUGUAUCUACGAAUAAAUUGUUGGUUUUCAACUGCAAAGAUGGUUGGGAUCCUUUGUGCAAGUUUCUCGAAAAACAAGUUCCUGACGAACCUUUUCCACACGUCAAUAUACAUUCAGAUAUAAUGGACACUGCACCAAGACUGCCACUCGCUAGACAAUAUCAAAAAGAGGUGGCCUGUUCUGCACUCCUACUUUUCUUGAAAUACUCUAUAUUAAUUUAUAUAGUUUAUUGCAUAAUCUCAUUUUUUACGUCUUUUAUAUGAGUUAAACCCAGCGCUGGAUUAACCAUUAAGCAAUAUAAGCACGUGCUUAGGCCACCAAGCAUAAAGGGGCACUUUAUAGUAAAAUAUUACGAGUUGGUCAGACGACUCAGACUUUAAAAUGUUCGUAUACUUUUUCUCUUCAAGUAGCAUAUUAAGCUUCUCUAUUAAUGUUUUUGGGUUUUGGAACUAUCUCCAAAAAAUCAUGUAAAAUAAUCAUAGCUUGGCCAUUUAACACUGAAAUUUAAUUAUUGGGCACGAAAUUGACCUAUGGGUCGUUUUGUUAAAUUGUUGUUGCUGUUCUUCUUAGUAUUCUCCUUGUUGUUGCAUUUUUGUUUUGAAAAAAUCUCUUUCCUCUUUAAUUUCUGACCAAUUGCUUUUUGGUAAAGAUUGUUGCUGCGGCUAGAACUAGGCUUUGAGCAUAUGAUGAAAAAAUUCACCAGAGAAAAUAUGAGUGAAUGUAUUAAAAAUAGACAUUGUUUUCUACCUUACUGUUAGUUUUUAUUUAAAUAGAUAAAAUUGUGUGUGGCUUAUUAUCUAAUCGUAAUGUACAAGAUGUGUUAUGUAGAAUUCGUGCAAAAUUCUACAGUUAAAAAAUGAAAGGAAGAAAACCUAAAAAAGUUUAUAAAUAUAUAUUGUUUGGCACUGUAAUUUAUUGUUAAUAAUUUUGAUGGAUAAUGCACUUUGCACUUUACAGUAUUGUGUUCCAUUUUGUAUUACACAUAAGGGGCACCAAAGUCUUGAGUGCCUAGGCCCUAGGGCACCAAAUGGACAUGAUCUGCCCCAGGUUAAACCAAUGUGUGCACAUGGUAAAAUUAACUUAUAAACAGGGUUCUGAUUUAGUAACAAUAAUUUUCCUGAUUCUGUCCAAUUUCAUUAUAAUUUUAUCAUGUUUGAUUGACCAUGUCGGGAAAGUUGGUUAUAUUAUGAUAUAUCUAUGUAUAUUUUUAUACCACAUCGAUAGCUAUCUAUUGAUGAUACGUAAAUCAAAUUGCUUAUAUAUCGCUUGUUUUUGGUAAUAUUGUGAUGGCGAAUCUUGUUAAUAAAGCAGAGAGAGAGAGAGAGAAUUUGUUAUU